GACGCGUCCUACAAGCCCCCAGCGAGAAGCACAAUAACAAUUCGAAUCCACGAACUGUAUGAAACGGAGAAAAAGAAAAAAGAAGAGGCUUUAGUUCACACAGAAUGCGUGGCUCUGACAGGAGACCACUGGACAUCAUUGAGUAAUGACAAUUACCUGGGAGUUACUGCGCAUUUAAUCACUGAAGCCUGGGGUCUGACAUCCUUUGCGCUGACUAUAAUGAAAACGGAAGAGCGGCACUUUGCGGAGGCUUGUGCAGAGCAGUUCCAGACUGUUGCUCGCAGGUGGAGAAUUGAGGAGAAGGUGACAACAGUAGGCACGGACAGUGCGCGCAAUAUGAUCGCCGUGGCUCGCAUCAUGCCAUUCAAUCACAUGCCGUGUACCGCGCACAUUCUACAGAGAUGCAUCACAGUGAGUCUCGCAGACAGUGGCUUUGUCACUGCGCUGGCCAAAUGCCGCAAAAUUGUUGGCCAUUUUAAGCACAGCCCAACAAACACAGCAGAGCUGAACGCAGAGCAGGUGUCACUGGGGCGCAAGCAGGAGCCGUUGGCCCAGGACGUGCCUACGCGCUGGAACUCCACGCUGGAGAUGGUGAAGCGCUUGAUCCGCAACCAAACUGCAGUAACUGCGACUCUGGAUAAACAAAAGCAUAAACUUGUCCUCCUGACGCCUCCAGAGUGGGACAAACUCCAGAGACUGGAGACACUUCUAGAGCCCUGCAGAUAUGUGACUGAACUGCUGGGAGGAGAGGCCUACGUCUCCUGCUCUGUAGUUCUACCAGCCUUCUGCCACCUGCGCUGUGUCAUGGAAGUAACUGAUGAGGACCCUGCAUAUGUGGUGAGGUUUAAAGAGAAGUUUAAGGAAGACCUUGCUUCCCGCCAGGAACAUACCAACUAUGCAUGGCUCCAGAUCGCAACUGCACUGGACCCACGUUUUAAAGACCUACGCAGUGUGCCCAAGACCGACAGAGAAGCAGUGUGGACCACACUGGCAGGCAUGCUGCAUGAAGACUCUCCUAGAAGAUCACACACUGCAGAAGAAGGUCCAGCCAAGAAGAGGCUGAGCCUGCUGCAGAUGGACUCUGACUCUGAGUCAGAGGAGGAGGUACAGCAGGACAGAGCCAUACAGCGCUACAGAGCAGAGCCCUGCACUGCCUUAGAGGACUGUCCCUUACAGUGGUGGGCAGCUCAUGCAGGAGCCCACAGCCAGCUGGCCCGCCUUGCUCGCAGAUACCUGGCCACUCCUGCCUCCACAGUGCCCUGUGAGAGGCUGUUCUCUGUAGCAGGGCACAUUGUGAACAAGAAGAGGUCUGCUCUGCACUCAGAGAACGUGGACAAGUUGGUUUGUCUCAGCAACUGGCUGAAGGAUGAGUAGACCAGAGGACCGUGUGUUUAGAGCUUGUUCUAUGGUUGAAUGUGAUUUAAACAAUACUUUUCACUGUUGUUCAUAUUUUUUUGCACUAAUCCUUACCCAAAAGGAUGAUUGGAGAUUUUUUUCUAUUUUGCCUGUUGAAUUAGGCCUAUGUUCUGUGAACUUGAAGAUGUAUAUGGAUAAAACAAUGUGCUAGAUUUAAACGGGUGGAAAACAUUCAGUAAAAAUCCCUCACAAUUAUUUGAAGCCCUGUUCUGCUUGUACUGCUUGUACUCACAAUUAAUAAUAAAUAAAA